AUGUGCGCCGAGCGGUUACGGUUACGGUUACCCGACAUCGCUCUCUUUGGCGACAUUCUCUACAUCGACGACAACGCGGGCGUCUGGACGGCGAUCGCGGCCAUCACGCUCCGCCAGAUCGCGUUCGACGGCAUCAACCCGAACAAGGCGAUCGUCUGCUCCACGGCUGCGUCGACCUUGACGUGGUUGGCGCCCAUCACGAACACGAUCCCGUGGACGGCUCUCUACAUCAGCAACGGCGUGCUCUACGCCGUUGACAGUACCACGGCCCUCGACACCACCCCAAUGAGCGAUGAUGCCUCGUAA